AUGGAAAUUAGAGUGGCAAAUAAAUAUGCUUUAGGCAAAAAAUUAGGGAGUGGUUCCUUUGGUGAUAUAUAUGUUGCCAAGGAUAUUGUAACGAUGGAAGAAUUUGCUGUUAAAUUAGAAUCAACAAGAUCAAAACAUCCCCAACUAUUGUAUGAGUCAAAAUUAUAUAAAAUAUUAGGAGGAGGAAUUGGUGUACCAAAAGUAUAUUGGUAUGGUAUAGAAGGGGAUUUUACUAUCAUGGUUCUUGAUUUAUUAGGCCCAUCACUUGAAGACUUAUUUACCUUAUGUAAUAGAAAAUUUUCUUUAAAGACUGUCCUUAUGACAGCAGAUCAAAUGUUAAAUAGAAUUGAAUAUGUCCAUUCAAAAAAUUUUAUACAUAGAGAUAUUAAACCAGAUAAUUUCUUAAUAGGACGAGGAAAAAAAGUUACCUUAAUUCAUAUUAUUGAUUUUGGAUUAGCAAAAAAAUAUAGAGAUUCAAGAUCACAUACUCAUAUUCCAUAUAAAGAAGGAAAAAAUUUAACAGGAACAGCAAGAUAUGCAAGUAUAAAUACACACUUAGGAAUUGAACAAUCUCGUAGGGAUGAUAUUGAAGCCCUUGGAUAUGUUCUCAUGUAUUUUCUAAGAGGAAGUUUACCAUGGCAAGGUCUAAAAGCUAUAUCUAAGAAGGAUAAAUAUGAUAAAAUUAUGGAAAAAAAAAUAUCAACAUCAGUAGAAGUUUUGUGUAGAAAUGCAAGCUUCGAAUUUGUAACAUAUUUAAAUUAUUGUCGAUCAUUAAGAUUUGAAGAUAGACCCGAUUAUACAUAUUUGAGAAGACUUUUAAAGGACUUGUUUAUAAGAGAGGGAUUUACUUAUGACUUUUUAUUUGACUGGACAUGUGUAUAUGCAUCCGAAAAGGAUAAGAAGAAAAUGUUAGAAAAUAAAAACCGUUUUGAUCAAACAGCUGAUCAAGAAGGAAGAGUGAAGCAAAAUUAA